CAGAGAAAUCGAAGUGUGUUUGUUGGAAAUGGCAGAAACUGCUCCAGUUGCUCCGGCUAAAUUGCCAAAGAAGAAAACGAGCGCAAAGCCUAAAAAGACCGGCCCUAGCGUAUCUGAUUUGAUAGCUAAGGCUGUGUCAGCUUCAAAAGACCGCCAUGGACUUUCUUUGGCUGCGCUCAAGAAGGCUUUGUCUGCUGGUGGCUACGAUGUGGAAAAGAACAACGCCCGCAUUAAAUUGUCUGUAAAAAGUCUUGUUGGUAAAGGCACUCUCGUGCAGACGAAAGGUACCGGCGCCUCCGGAUCCUUUAAAAUCAACAAGAAACAGGCAGAGACCAAGGAGAAAGCUACGAAGAAAAAGGCGCUUCCGAAAAAGAAGCCAGCAGCGAAAAAGCCCAUCGCCGCCAAGAAAGUGAAGAAACCGGCCGCUAAGAAACCCGCAGCAGCCAAGAAGACGGCUAAGAAGCCUGCCGCAGCCAAGAAAGCCGCCAAGAGUCCCAAGAAAGCGAAGCCGGCUGCCAAACCCAAAAAGGCAGCCAAGAGCCCGAAAAAGCCCAAGGUAUCUAAGCCGAAGGCAGCUAAACCCAAAACUGUUAAGAAGGCGGCACCGAAAAAGAAAUGAUCUGCUUACAGUUCUUAUUUGUAUACGUAAACGGCUCUUUUAAGAGCCCC